UUCAUCGGAGGAAUUCAAUAUAUUCAAUAUAUUCAAACAUUUAAUAAUUAAUAGUACUACAUACACUUGUUGUGAAAAAGAGAAGAAUUAAUGCCAAGUAAAUUUACACCACUCGUCAAGGCACCCUCCGAUCUAUCAUCACUCUCCAAUAAUCAUCAUCCUCAUCCUCAUCAUCACAAUAAUUCUGCAUCAUCAUUUCUUCUUCAACAUCAUCAUCAACAACAACAGAACAGAAGAACAAGAAAUGAUACAAAGAGGAGAUGGAGGUGAUGAAUAUGAUCAUCAUGCUCGUUUUCAAUCAAUAGAUCAUCAUGAUCAAUCAUUUGUUGAUAAUGAAGAAUCAAAACAAUUAAUGAUGAAUGAUGAUGAUGCAGAACAUGAUGAUGCUAAGAAUGGAAUGAAUAGAAUGGGUCAUAGUAGUAGAACACAGAUACUGUUUCAUGUUGUGAAAAGUUCAAUUGGAUGGUUAUCGUUUAGUAUUGUUUUUAAUGUGUUGAACACAAUUGUCUAUUCAGCUCUGUAUCCAAAGAUUUUACAUAAUGUUGCUUCUGGUAGUGGAGCUGAGUAUUCUACUGCAUUUUCAAUUAUUAAUACAGUGACAACAUUGGCAAGUGCAUUGACAUUGCCAAUUUUGGGAUCUUUGGUUGAUAAUUUGAAAUUAAUUAGGAGUUCAAUGAUGGUGACAAUGUAUUUGGGUAUUUUGGCAACAAUUGGAUUGUUUUUCACUGAUAAAUUACCACAUGAAUCACCACAGGAUUAUACUUCUCAUUUGGCUAUUUGUGAAAUUGUGUAUAUAUUGGCCAUGUUCUUUUUGAGAUUUUCAGUAAUGAAUAAUAAUGCUCUCUUACCUUGUUUUGAUAAGAAGAAUAUGAUGAUUUUGAGUUUGUUGGGUAAUUUCAUUGGAUUUGGUGUCAAUCUUGUUGGAUUAUUGGUAUUGGCCUUUGUACCUUCGAGUGUUUUUUCGGGAGGAGUUUGGGAUAUUUCGAGAGAAAAUUGGUGGGUUCUCGUUUUCACAAGUCUCACCAUUCUGGUCUCUCUGUUUGUCAUUCUGAGUCCAAAUGGUGUAGAUAAGGUCACUCUGAAUCCAGAGCCAAUUUCUGCCAAAACAGCACAAACUUUGCAAAUUCCUGAAUGUUUCUCCAAAUUACCAAAAUAUUUGAGAGGAUUGGGAAAGGUCUAUGCAGUGGUUGCCAAAUCUUUAAAAUCACUUGCUGAGACCUUCAUCCAUUGGAGAAGGAAUGAGCAAUACUAUCACUGUUGGAUUUUCCUCUUUUCCUAUUUAUUCUUCUCCACAGCUGGUACUGUUGUGACAAUUUAUUUGGGACCUCUUUUUAUUGAUAUUUAUAAUUUUGGACUUGAACAGGAGGUGUUAUUGAACUUGUAUUUCAAGAUUGCCAUGGUUGGUGGUGUGAUUGGAGGUGUAAUUUUUGAGAAAUUAUUCAAGGUUCAUGACAUUUAUGUUUUGGCAGGUCAAAAUUCACUUUUUGGAGUUUUAACACUUUCGAUAUUUAUUACAAUUUCAAUGAAAGUGGAAAAGUACAUUGUUUUGGCUCAAUUUCUGGUUGUUGGAUUUUUAUAUGCAUGGAAUGCUAGUGUAGCUCGUGGAUUAAUGAGCAAAUUAAUUCCAUUGGAAAAGAAGUGUGAAUUUAUGGGUUUCUUUUCAACAUUUACCUAUUUGGGAAUUUCUGUGACCAGUGGUGUUUAUAGUAUCUUGUCCAAACUCAAACUUCCUCAAACCUUACUUUUAGUUUUAUUUAUUUGGUUAAUUCCAGCUUUCUUAUUCUUGGCAAUUCUUAAGAAAUCGCUCAAUAAGAAGGAAUUGAGAGAGAAACACGAGGAAGAAAUUAAAAAUAUGAAAGCAAUUGCUGACGAAUAAAAGAUUAUCCAGAACUAUAUUUCUUUAAC